ACAGCAGCAAAAGUGAAGUGGGGACGCGUGAAUCACUGACAAACAUGAAAAUAAAAAGUGCUCCUCCGGAUCUGCACGGCCUCUACAAGUGCCUCCAGAGUUCCCACCCUCUACUGGCCGUGACGUCACAGAUCCGGAUCCGAGAGCAGCCGGUGUUUGCCCAUCACCAGGGUCAAGAGCGCAGGGAGGACAGGGAGAGGAGGACCACGAACUUUCUACACCACAGCACCCAACACACCUCCACCGUCCAUGUCACACCUCCCUGUGACCAGCCUGCUGUAAGCCAGAAGCCCAUGGAAGUUCUCAAGGUGCAGUCCCACCUGGAGAAUCCCACCAAGUACCACAUCCAGCAGGCUCAGAGGCAGCAGGUGAGGCAGUAUCUGUCCACCACCCUGGGUGGUAAAUCCAGCAGCCAGUGUCCCAGUCAGCCCCCCGAGCACGGCAUGCCACCCGGGCCUGGAAGCAGCGCCCCCAACAGUCCAAUGGCCCUGCUCACCCUCAGCUCCAACUGUGAGAAAGAGAUGGAUGAUGUCAUUGACGAUAUUAUUAGCUUGGAGUCAAGUUACAAUGACGAUGUUCUUGGACUUAUGGACGCAGGACUCCAAAUGAACAACCAGCUCCCCGUGUCGGGUAACCUUCUUGAUGUGUACAGCAACCAAGGACUUCCACUCCCGGGCCUCGCCAUCAGUAACUCCUGUCCACCCAGCAUUAAAAGGGAAUACACAGCUCCUGGCAUGAAGCAAGUACUGGACAAGCCUGGAUCCUGUGGCCAGUAUGAAAACUAUCAAAGGCCAGAGGGCUUUCCAGUAGAGGCUGAAGUUCGUGCUCUUGCUAAAGAGAGGCAGAAGAAAGACAACCACAACUUAAUUGAACGAAGACGGCGAUUCAACAUCAACGAUCGCAUCAAAGAGUUGGGAACCUUGAUACCCAAGUCAAAUGAUCCAGACAUGCGCUGGAAUAAGGGCACUAUUCUGAAAGCCUCAGUGGACUAUAUCAGGAGACUACAGCGGGAGCAGCAGAGAGCCAAGGAGAUUGAGUGCAGACAGAGAAAGCUGGAGCACGCAAACCGCCAUCUGAUGCUUCGUAUUCAGGAGUUGGAGAUCCAGGCUCGUGCACAUGGUCUUACAGUGGUCUCGUCUUCAUCUGUCUGCACUUCGGAUUUGAUGGGCCGAGCCAUUAAACAGGAGCCCGUCCUCGGCGACUGCCCCUCAGAUCUCUACCAGCAGAGCUCAGCUCCUGACAUGUCCCCUCCAACCACACUCGACCUCAACAAUGGCACCAUCACCUUCGACCACAUUCCUGCAGAUGCUGGGGACCCUGGUGCCUAUGGAAACUCCAGGACCUGUAAAAUGAAGGAAUUGGUAAGGGACAACACCCUGUCGCCAGUUUCCCCAAGUGAUCCCCUGCUGUCCUCAAUGUCCCCAGAUGGCUCCAACAACAUUAGCAGCCACCACAGUUCCUGCUCUAGUAUGGAGGAGAAGGAGCACGGCUGUUGACAUUGUCUAGUGCCAUGAGCCAUACUGACACUUUCUAUCUGUAGCAUCCCGUCAAUGAGGCACCGCACCUUAAAGUGACUUAAAUGGAUCCACAUGACUAAGUAGAUAAAGGAACAUCUGAUAAUUAUUUUUGGCUGAACUCUAAUGUUUAAAUACUGUAUGUUAAUGUGACUGAGACAUUUCGGUUCCUCCAUUGUUCACAGUAUUUUUACAUUCUUCUAAUUUUGAUGCCGUAUAUAUUAACAGUCCAGAAAAACUUGACAAACAUACAAGAGAUUGGUUUUCUGUUACACGUGAAAGGAAAAGUAGUUCUCAACAUUAUAAGGUAAAAUUACCUUAUACUGAUAAUGUACUAUAGUAUUUUUUAACUAAAAGAAAGAAAGAAAGAAAGAAAAGAAAAUUAUUGCUUUAUUUUGGGUUCACAAAAGACAAACGCACUGGUCCACUAGCCAAAAUUUCCUUUAUUUAAAUUGAGUCCUCUAUGUAAAAGUUAAAUAAUUCCGGACAUAAUACAUCACAAAUUUAUAAUUAAAGCAAAUUCAUAAUAAAUGCAAAAUAAAACUGAUAAAUGAGUAAAAGAAAAUGUGAUGUGUAUGCUAACAAAGGAUCACAGCCGCAUUUGCCAAAAAUGUAUCAAUUGCUUUGAUUUCAUGUUUGUCUUGCAUAACUCCUAGUUUAGUUGAUGUAUACACAGGGGAAUCUUCUUUUGUACACAACUGGUUGAUAGCAUAUGUGAUAUUGUUGUUAAUGUUUGUAAUAUAUGACCAGUAUUGUAAAAAAAAAAAAAAACACUUGAGAUGCCGAUAUAUUGCAAA